AUGAAAUUCUUGAAAGAAAGGGAUCCCAAAAUAUUAGCUAUAGUCGCAGGCAAUAGUGAUUACGUACCUUUAGUUGAACAUGCUCUGGAGAAAGGAUGGAAAGUUGAAAUAUGGUUUUGGUCAUUAGGAUUGUCUGGAGAAUAUAAAAAAUUUACAUAUUCUUGUGAAUCAAAAUCUCCUCGUAAAUUUACUUUUGAAAUCAAACAUAAAUGUAUUGAAGUUUUGAAAGAAGAACUCCUAUUGCAAUUAAUCAUCAA